AUGUUGCCGCUCACGACGGGCGGCAGGGCCGGACCAACAGCGGGAGCGGCCGGGGGAGCAGAGGCCGUACUAAGGCUGCCGCUGCCUCAGCCGCACCCGCAGCCCCCGCCGCCCGUCGUGCUGCCCGUCCCGCGACCACCUUUAACACAGUCCAGCUUGAUAAACAGUCGUGACCAGCCAGGGACGAGCGCAGUGCCCAGUCUGGCACCCGUGGGAGCAAGGCUGCCUCCUCCUCUGCCUCAGAACCUGCUCUAUACAGUGUCAGAACAUACAUAUGAGCCAGAUGGCUAUAACCCUGAAGCUCCUAGUAUUACCAGUGCUGGUAGAUCUCAGUAUCGGCAGUUCUUUACAAGAGCACAAAUGCAGCGUCCAAAUCUAAUUGGCCUAACAUCUGGGGAGAUGGAUACAAACCCUCGAGCUGCCAACAUUAUCAUCCAAACUGAGCCUCCCAUUCCCAUUACAAAUAACAGCAGCAAUGUCACGAGAGUUGUUCUGGAACCAGACAGCAGGAAAAGAUCUCCAAGCAGCAUGGAAUGUCCACCAUUGAAGAAACCCUGGUUGGGAAAGCAAGUAAAUAACAACCAGAAUAAGCCAGGGUUUUUGAAAAAGAAUCAGUAUACUAAUACAAAAUUAGAAGUUCGAAAAAUUCCACCAGAAUUGAACAAUAUUACACAGCUCAAUGAACACUUCAGCAAAUUUGGAACUAUUGUAAACAUUCAGGUUGCUUUCCAGAACGAUCCUGAAGCUGCUCUCAUUCAGUACUUGAGUAACGACGAGGCGAGGAAGGCAAUUUCCAGCACAGAGGCGGUGCUGAGCAAUCGGUUCAUCCGGGUGCUGUGGCACAGGGAGAGCGAGCAGCAGCCCCCCCUGCUGCAGCAGCAGCAGCCACCGCCCGCCCCGCAGGCCCUGCAGCACCUGCAGCAGCAGGCCCUGGCCACGCAGCCCGCCGUGACGGUGCACAGCAGCCUGGCCAAGGUGAUGAACAAACCCCUGGCAUCUGGUGCCUACGUCCUUAACAAAGUCCCAGUGAAAAGACGCCUUGGAGCAGCGGGGGGGAGCCAGCCUGAGCUCAGCCAGCCCGGGGCUGGCGUGGAGGAGUCUCAGAUAUUUCCUACUUCUACAAGCCACUCAAAAAUGGUUUACAGUUCUCCAAACUUGAAGACAACUCUGAAGUCUGGUGCAGGGUCUAAACCUCACGAUGUGCAAGAAGUCCUUAAAAAAAAGCAGGAGGCAAUGAAACUCCAGCAAGAUAUGAGGAAAAAGAAGCAGGAGAUGUUAGAAAAACAGAUAGAAUGCCAGAAGAUGCUGAUAUCCAAGCUGGAGAAAAACAAGGCCAUGAAACCAGAAGAGAGAGCAGAAAUUAUGAAGACUUUAAAAGAACUAACAGGAAAAAUAUCUCAGUUAAAGGAUGAAUUAAAAACUUCAUCUACAACCUCCACACCAUCCAAGUUGAAGUCCAAGACAGAGGCACAGAAGGAACUGUUGGAUGCAGAGCUGGACUUCCACAAGAGACUGUCCUCUGGAGAGGACACAACCGAACUGCGGAAAAAGCUCAAUCAGCUACAGGUGGAGGCUGCCCGCUUGGGCAUCUUGCCUGCUGGCCGAGGAAAGGCAGCGGCAGCGCGGGGCCGGGGCCGGGGCCGCGGGGGCCGAGGCCGGGGAGUGCUGAACCACAUGGUGGUGGAUCACCGGCCCAAGGCGCUCACCGUGGGAGGCUUCGUUGAAGAGGAAAAAGAUGAAUUGUUACAGCACUUCUCUAAAUUUGGAGAUAUUGAAGAUCUUCAAGAAGAGGAUUCCCCAUUAAGUGUUGUUGUAACUUUUAAGUCCCGCUCAGAAGCUGAGAAUGCUGCUAACCAGGGAUCCCGCUUCAAGGACCGACGGCUCCAGAUCUCGUGGCACAAACCCAAGGUACCUUCUGUGUCCACAGAAGUUGAGGAAGAGGAGUCCAAGGAAGAGGAGACUGAAACCUCAGAUUUAUUUUUGCACGAAGAUGACGACGAUGAUGAUGAAGAUGAGGAUGAAUCCCGUUCUUGGAGAAGAUGAAACUUGAUGUUCGAAGUGUAUAAUUUUAGGAAUAUAGUUCAAACUACAUCUUUUAAACAUUUAUUUAAGGAAGUUGAUGAGCCAAAAAGAGCUUUACUUUCUUUUCAAACCACAAGAUUUACUAUGAGCAGUUUGGUAUGAAAGCAUUUGGGACACAGAGCUGUGAGACUGAGCUAGCCAAAGGCCCAAGAACUUCUUACAGGAUUAUCAAGAUCACCAGGGUGGUGAUUUUUUUCUAUUUAAGAAGGAUUAAAAA